CAUGAAUUAUCCUGUUUUAAACCGGUAGAAGCUUUAUUUAGUUGCUAAUUAAGGUCUCUGCCGUGCGGAGUAUUGGUGCUUGAUCCUCUACCUAGACUCAACCAAUGUUAGGUGUUGGGCAUUGAUGGUUCAUGAAAAUAACUCCUUAAUUUGAUACUUCAAAGUUGUCAGGUGCCAGAUCCAAAUCAAGUAUGAUUUGAUUGUGUCAACAAGUGAUGUAACCCAAGCAGGACCUGUUAACAUUGAUGCCUCCGCUGGACAUUACAGCAAUUAAGGUUAAUUGUCUCUUGUCUCAAUUUUAGUCUUAUGUGGCUACUAUGAUAAGUGGGUUUGCAAGGAAGCCCAAGUAUGGCAGUAGCAGUAACAAGAUGCCAGUGUGGUAAAAAAUUUGGGAUAAUAAAAAGGAUGAGUGGGAGACAAACGGUCUUGGGAUGCCUGAGACCUUCUUUCUUGCAGAUCUCACCCCCAAUUAUUUGCUCCCCUUGCUUCCUUGAAUUGGCCAAAUUGCCCUUUUCUUCUAUCCUUCACAUUAGAAAACCAUCGGCAUUUUGGAUUUAGGAAUAUGGGAUUAUUUUCGCAUCAGAUUUAUUAGUCUGGGAUUAGUUCCUGAUGAAUCAUCUUUCAUGAAUUUGUAUAAAUAUUGUUAGCUUAUAUGUAUUUCAAUAUUUGUAUGGUUAUAUGAGUUAUAGACUCUGAAAGUGUAGACCAAUCACAUCAAUAUGUUGGGUCUUUUGCAUUUGAAGGCAAAUAUCCACAGUACAACCAUUCCUUUUGAUUAGGAUCUAUCAGAUCAAUGGUUGGGGACCAGUCUAUGUAUUGUGCAAGCAAGCUUCAACCCUAAAGCUAUCCAGGACCACAAAAAGUUCACCCAAAUGCUCCUAUGUGGUCCUCCAGUUGGCUUCUCAAUGGCUCUGCAAAACCAUGCAAAAACCAUGGUGCCUGUAUAUAAACAGUAGUACUCUUAUGAGCAUAAAGGGUCGCAGUAGAAGUUACAACUCGAGCUCUGUAAGCAUUUGCUCUGAAAUACUCAUUGAAUCCUUCUGUUUGUCCUCUUGGCGAGGUUGCAUAAGAUGGUGAGAUUCAGAGCUGUGCAUUGAGAUCUUAAGCUUUCCCUCUGCUCUUGUUUCUCUGCUUCUUUGGAUGGAGUUGAGAAGAGUUUUUGUUUCAAAGCUUGUUUUUUCAUGUUGUGUUUCCUUGUUUCUUCUCUUUACUUGGGUAUUGGCUGUGCAUGGCUGCAGUAAUUGGUCUGCAUAUUUAGAUUUUAGGAGCUGGAGAGAAGCUUUAAAUGCUCAGCAGGAUGGAGCAGCUCCAAGGAUGCCAUUGAUGAUGGGUACAAGACGGCAACUGGGAGAAGUUCCAGGUUCAUAUCCUCCGAGAUGCAAGUCCAAGUGUGGAAACUGCACACCAUGCAACCCAGUGCAUGUACCGGUGCCUCCAGGCAUUCCAGUGAUCGCCGAAUACUACCCGGAGGCGUGGCGAUGCAAAUGUGGGAAUAAACUAUACAUGCCCUGAGACUGAGCAAACAGCAGUCUUGCACAGUGUGAGCAGUUUAACAGUCACAGUGGAGCACAGCAUUAGCGGCCUCUUGCAGAGCAAGGAUAUGGAGUCAGCAAUGGCCAUUCUUGGUCACAUGCUUCUCUGAUGUUGCAGUUAAUGUGUGGCAAGAGAAAAAGAACAGUGUGUGUGUGGGGGACACUCCUGGGUCCCUGAUCUUCAUUUCUGAUUUAACAGAUCAGGCGUCUAUGUCAUUUGAAUCAUGCAUGCAUAGUGGUUCUUUGUCUUUGGCCUGUUUGCACUUUUGUAUAGAGAGAGGGAGAGAGAAAGAGAGGAAGAGAGGAAAUGAGGCAUUUGUAUUAAGUUUUUCAACUAUGCUGAUGCAAUGCAAAUGCAAUGGCUCUUGUUUA